UCGUAUGAAAGAAACGAUUGUAUCCGAAUCAACUGGACAACAACCGAUAGUAUUUUCUAAUGUAAAUCGUUUAAUUGUUGAUUAUCAACGACCAAUAAACAAUGAACUUCGAAAUCGUUUUACUAACAUUGAAGAAUUAAUUCUUGAAGAUGGUGAAAAAAGUUUUGAUAUGCUAAUCAAUGAUAUUGUUCCAUAUAUUGAUAUGUCGUUUAUUAAUUCAUUUGCUAUCAAUCAAUGUUUUUCAGAAUUUGAUGAAGAUAAUUUCGUUCAAUUUAUAAUGAAUAUACCUCAUUUGCGUUCUAUUACUAUUCCAAUUGAUCUUCUCAGAUUAUCGUUGAACAAUUGUUGGCGAAAUAUUAAACGAUUAAAAAUAUUGCCAAGGCGUCAGAUGUGGUCUGCUAGAUUUAUGGAAAAAGGCUUAACAUCGAAUGAAGUAGAUAUGUUAUGCUCUUCGUUUCGUUCUAUGGAACAAAUUAGUUUUCAUGUUGAUACGAUGCCAUAUUUACGUGAAUUUUUAACAAAAAUGCCAAAGACAUUAUCAACUAUAGUUAUUGAACAUUUGAUUAAUGGUCUAUCUACUGACAUUACAGCUUCUACAACUUAUAAAUGUAUCCGAAGCUUUGCAUGCUCACAUCGAAUUUUUUACAAAUUUCAUGAAAAUGACCUUGCAAUUGUGUGGAUCUAG